AUGGAAGUCGAUUCAUCAGACCCAACUGCUGGAGAAUGGCUGGAUGAUGAUAACGAUCCAGACAAUCCAAGUGAAACUCAUCCUCCCUUAGAAUACAAUAAAAAUAGCUACAUUUCUGGGCCAAAACGUGUCCAAAAUGGAAGUUUACCAAUGAACACAUUAAGAUUUGAUUAUUCCUAUGGAUACGAUUGUCAGAGAUAUUUCAAUCUUUGCAUUCCCGAUCCAACAACACUGAUUUUUUCAUCUGGAGCUUUUAUCCAUUUUUUCGACGUAAAAACCAGCCAACUAACAUUUCAAAGAUGCUCAACUGGCAUCGGAAUAGGUCACAUAGUGAAGAAUCCCCAAGAAUGUCAUAUAGCUGUUGGUGAAACUGGCGACAAACCUCCAAUAAUAAUUUAUAAAUGGCCAGGUAUGGAUAUUGUAAGGAUUUUACAAAAUGGAACUGAGAAAAAUUAUUCACACUUGGCGUACAGUCCUGAUGGUAAAUUACUGUUAUCCCAGGGGAGCAGUCCUGAUUAUUUCCUAACGAUAUGGAAUUGGAUAAAAUCAACCCCCAUGUUAAGAUGCAAAUCCUAUGAGCAGGACAUUUACAACGCGAUAUUUUCACCAACUAUUCCAGGGCAUCUUGUGACAAGUGGAUCUGGCCACAUCAAAUGCUGGAAAAUAUCAAAAACCUUUACUGGACUAAAACUUGAGGGUGUCCUUGGAAAAUUUGGUAAAACUGAAAUUUCAGAUAUCGUUGGACUGUACUCAAUGCCAGAUGAGAAGGUUAUAUCAGGAUGUGAAUGGGGAAAUAUUCUUGUGUGGGAGGAAGGCGUGAUAAAGUUGGAAGUGAGAAGAAAAAAUAACAGAUCUUGUCAUUCAAAAAUGAUUACACAAUUUGAGUACUCCAAUGGGGAUUUAAUAUCAAUUGGAAUGGAUGGAUGGUUGAGAGUGUGGUCUUACGAAACGAUUGAUCAGACUGAUGCAUCACAGGACAGAGGAUUUAUCGAAAUCGAGCCCAUAAAUGAAUUUGAAAUAAAUUUGGAGAAGAAUUAUGUCGACUCAUCUCCCACGUCUUCAAUGCUGAUGGCACUGGAGAAAAAAUAUCCGACAGAUGAGCAGGACAAAGAGUGGUAUGGACAGGAUGGUAAUGGGGGCUUGUGGCUUAUUGACUUGUCAAUGUUCGAUGAAACUCUCACUAAUAACCACAAAAAAUCCACAAAUUCGACUAGACAAUUACUGAGAUGCCAUGCUGGUCCAAUUAUGGAUAUGACUGCCUGCACUUGGAAUUGUUUGAUUGCUACUAUUGGAUCUGAUUGUCAUCUUCAUGUCUACAAUUAUGCUGAGAGAAAACUCGUUGCCAGUUACAGAUUCAGUGAUGGAGGGACAACAGCUGUUUGGCUGCCAUGUUCUCUCGAUAAAAGAGGAUCAACUAUUGUUUGUGGCUUUCAGAGUGGAUUGAUUAGAGUUGUAACUGUUGAAUUUUAUGAUAAUGAGGAAAAUCCAACGCACAUUGAACUGAUUCAAGUUGUCAAGCCCCACAUUGACGAAAUAACAUCAAUUAUUACAAAUUCAUCGACUAAACUAUUGAUAACUGGAAGCAAAGACUCAACUGUUUUCGUAUUUUCCAUUGAAAUUCGUGAUGAAUCCGUUCAUCUAACGUCAAUUGGAUUCAUUGAAAUCCCAUCGGCUGUGACAUGCCUUAUCUUCAAGCCUCGAAAUUUAUUGACAAUAUUAAUUGGUUGCGAGGAAAGCCAUUUUGGUGAGAUUCAAUUGCCCCAAAAAUUUCCCCUGAAUAAUGAUAAACGAAAGACGUAUCAAUUGGAGAAUUAUCGAGCCAAAUUCCUCAAAUUUAAAUCGAUUAAAUCUUCUCUCAAACGAGAAAUCCUGAGACAAGAGUUUGAGAAAAAACAGAUGGAAAAACGUGAGGAAAUCAGGAAGAAAAUCGAGGAAUACAGAUCGCUUAAUCCUGGCAUUCAUGUUGAUGAAGAGACAUUUCUUGAAGACACUGACGAAACCCUUCAGCUUCCUGAUCUUUAUGUACCGAAGAAACCGAAUCCAGUGCAGAAUAUUAAUUAUACUAAUGAGGGUACCAUCUGGUUGUCUGUGGGAGGAUACGAUGCAGGUUAUGUUUAUGAAUAUUCCAGUAUUACUUUUGAUGAUAUUGAUGAUCAUCAUUCUCUCAUCCAAGAAGUGGAACCUCUCAAAGCUACACCAUUACCAGAUGCUAAUGACUUGGAGUUGAAAUGUUCUUUGCCUCACAAGGGACAAUUCAUCUUCCUGGGCCUAGAAUACGGAGAACUUCGGCUUUGUCGUGUAAAUCCUAAAGAUUAUACAAAUUUCUCCGACUACUUGAGCUAUCCUAUGCAUGAUUAUUAUCAUGGCUCUAUGAAAAAAAUAUUACUGAGUCAUGACCAACAGCAUUUAUUUACCUGCGGUUACGACGGAAAUCUUUUUUCUUUUCUUGUAAAUUUCCAUGGAGAUUCUGCAGAAGAGACGAAUAAAUUUGAAACUAAUGAUAAAUAUCGAAUGAGAGGGAAGAAACAAGUUGAAGAUAUCAAAGAUGUUGAUCAUCCGAGUUUGGAACAAGUGAUAAUAACUACUGAAUGCAAUAGAAUUAUGUCACUCACGAAGAAAAAUAAAGAUGAUAUGUAUUAUUUACUGAGAAAUCUUACGAAGGAUUACCAGACGAUUAUGGAACGUAACAAACAGUUGAUAAAGUCACAGCAUAUUCCUCCGAGUAAUUUUAAAGUAGACGAUCGCAUUGUGGACGAUUUGAAUGGACAAUUACAACGAGAAAUGGAUUUGAUAAAUCAGAAAAUGGCGUUUAAAAUUGAAAAAAAUCAAUUGAUUCUGAGGAAACUGAUGGAUCACUUUGUGCGGCCAAUCACUUGCCUCCCAUUUGCCGUUGCUAGAAUAUCCAAACCAGAUACAAUGGUCUACUCGUUGAAAGAGAAAAAAUUGAACGAAAAUUUUCACAUUGAAUAUGCUAAAGUUCUGCAGAAACUUUCACAAGCAAAGGAUUCUGAUAGUGAGUACCAAUUUUCGCACAGGAGUUUUUUAAAUUUAGUUUUUAUCAUUGUUUUUUGUCUUAUCUCUUCUAGAGACAUGGUGUUUAAUCAAUCUACACUUGUUGAAGAAAUGGGGGACGAUGAGGUGAAAGACACAAGUAAAAAAGAAGAGGAAGCUAAACUGAAAACUGAUGGUGUAGCUAGUCUCCUGGAAAAUCAUAAUUUCUCAUCAAAUGAACAGCAACCGACUGUGGAAAUGAAACAAAUGCUGAGGAAAUAUAAAGAUAAGAAAUUACAAAUAGAGAAAAGAUCCAAAGAAUGGAAAAUAAUGCAUGAUAGUAAACCUAACCCCAAUGUCGAUCAUCCCGACGACAUCCAAAUGAUUGAAAUUGCUAAAAAAACCAUCGGCGAUUACAAAUUGAAAAUUUCUUCAAAUUAUAACAUAGAGAAUCAACAUGAGCAGGAGACAACGUUAAGCAAAUAUAAACAAUUAUUAGAUUGUCGUAAAAAAAGUCACUAUUUACGCGAGUCAUUUAAUGAUAAACUGAGAUCCAUAAGAGAUAAAAAAUUAUCACUGAAAAAUGAUGUGGAAAAUUCAGUGGGGAAAAAAUUAAGUGGCAUACAUGCGGAGCUACCAAACAACUAUAUAAGGGACAUGCCCGAAAUGCCAGCAAUUGAUAUAUCCCUUGAAUAUCCAGAAAAUAAUUUAAAGCUGGAGAAAUAUAUUUCCAUGAGUGAAAAAGUCAAGGAGGCACGUCGCCAGAAACAAUCAAUAAUUGACGAGACAAUGGAACAGGCUUUUGACGAGGAAUUUAAGACUAUUGUACCUGAUGAAAGCCUUUUCGAGCAUUACUCAGAUGUAUUACCGACAUCUGUGAAAGCCAACGAUAAGAAACGAAUCAAGGAAGUUGACGUAUCCAUCCCCAAACAUCUCCAGAAGAUGAUGGAGGAUUCCGAUAGGUUGAUAACUCCCUGGGAAAGAGAAAUGAGGGCAGUGCGUUUAUCGAAAAAGCUCUAUGAACAGGAUUGUAUAAUCAGAGACGUUCAAUCAAGAUACGAAGACAUUGAUCGAGAAUUGGAUGAGCUGGAGUCCACGAGACUUCAGGUAUACGCAGACAGUGUCUACGCUGAUUUAUACAAAUUAACGUUGCAUCAAGAAUUAAUUGUCCUUCGUGAUUCUGAAAGAACGGAGAACUCCCUGAGGGAAAAGGUGAAUGAAAAAUUGCAGGAAAAAGCUAUGGCAGUUGACAAUUUACAGACAACAAUGAGAAUUAUUGAUAAAAAGACUAGAGAUAUAAAAACUAUUCAAAAUACUAUGAAGGAACAAAGUGCAUACUUUGCAAAUAUGAUACAGGAUAAUAAAUAUUGCAAAUUUUUAACGAGAAUAUUCAAGAAAAAAAUAAAAUCAGAUGCGGCUGAACGAGCAGACAACUCUAGCCAAGCCAGUUCUGAUAGUUCAGAUGUAACAAGUUCAGAUCAAGAUGACAGUGACAACAGUAGUGUCGAUAUUCAUAAAAUCGUAUUGACGACGUUUGAUGAAAACAUAUGUCCACCUGAUUGCUCUCGAGAAUUAUACAAUUUGGCAUUUGAAAUGCGAUUGAAACGUCACGAUAACGAGAAUGAAAUGCGUGAGGAGCAGAAAAAUAUGGAGAAUCUUGUGAGAGAGGCUGAUAAUUGCUCGAAAAAAAUUAAAAUCAUAGUGGGGGCUGUCAAUAACUGUACACAAAAGUUGAAUGAUUUUAUGGACGAGAAGCAGAGGAAAUUGAACGAUAUUGACAUGACUUUGAUACUGAAUUUUCAUCAACUUGAGCAUUUCAUUGAUGACAAUAAUUUAUCGAAGAUAAAUGAUUGUGUCGUCUUUGACACGACAAGACUGUCACAAUUGUACAAAAGAGUGGGUGAGCUCCAGCAGGAAACGUGUGAGCAAAAAAUAAAGCACAAAAAAAAUUGUACACAUCUUCAUAGAAUGAAUAUAGACUGUAAAUAUAUGGACAGUCAGAUUAAAAAACUGAAGAGCAGUAUUGAGGAAGAAAUGAUUAAAAAAUUUGGAUGCCAAAUUUCAUUAGUUUCCCUUUAUGAAGCUGUCGUGCGUAGUCUUAUUAACAGUUCAAAAGGUAAUAGGACCGAUGAUUCUAAAUAUGAAAAGCAACUGAAGUGCCUGAAGGAGAGAUACGACGAGAAUACUUUGAUAUUGGAAAACCUUAUUAGAGAUAAUACGGAAAAACUGAGUGUUCUUACUGUUUUAACCGAGGAGCAAAUUAAAUUCCAUAAUAUCAUUAAACAACGCCCAGAGUCGUCGAAAAAUAUAUUUCAAAGUCAACUGGAGUGGCGCAAGGAUCUGGCGCAUCUUCAGGGAAUUAUUUCCUAUCAGAAAGAGCAGAAGGAAUUUUUUCGCAGUGAUGUGAGGAAUUUAAAACUCAAAAUACGGACUCUACCGCCGAUUACGUCACGCAGAAAAUAUUUUUCGAGUGUUACUAAAAUUUAUAAUAAGCGGGAUGAUGAACGUGUGGUUUCUGUCAAGAAUGACACGUGUCAGGAAGGAAAAAUGACAGUAGCAGAUAAUUUUGAAGAUAAAAUUCAUGAUUCUGCCUUUCGCAUUGUUAGAAAUUUACUGUCUCAAAUUAUUGAACAAUAUUUGCAGCGCGAGGAGGCUGCAAGUAUCGUCGAUCAAUUUUGCAAUGAAAUAUCAAAUAAACAUUUGAACAUUUCGACAGUUUUUAUUGACAGUUUCAUGGACAUGUGUGAGAAAAUUGAAAAGAGAAUUGAGGAUAUUUCGACGAAGACUGGAAUUGCUGGAAAAAUACGAGAGAUUAUUUUGGAAUAUGGAAGUGAAAUAAUUUCACAAUUGGAAAUUGAAUCACGGGGCAUUGGAAUUGGUUCAGUUGAAAUAUCUUGGAAUGUUAAGCCAAAACUUGAUGAAUUUUUGGAAAGUAUGGACAUUAGAAAGGACAUUGCUACGGAGGUUUAUAUUAUGAAAUUUUUGAAGAUGGAAAUGGGCUUGGAACUCGCUGCCGAUUAUAUUUUAACAAAAUUGCCGUCAAAACCGGAUUCAGAAACAGCUAUCGCUUUUCGGGAAUACACACUCAGGACACUGACAGAAAUACAGAGACAUAUCGAGGGAGAAUCCGAGACUGAAACUACCAUUAAAAGUUCUAACUCUGAACUGUAAAAAGUAUUGAAAAAUACAUAUCCAAAACACGGCGUGCAUUUAACAUAAAAUAUAUAUAUAUAUAUAUA